GGGGUCUCCCCCACAGGCCUGCUGCUGGGCUGCCUGCGUGGUUGGGAUACCUGGGCAGGGCCCCUCCCUCCCGUUGGGGCCGAUUUGGGGCCUGCAGCGCAGUCAGAGCCUUCCCAUAGGGCUUAGGCAGAUUUCCAGCCCCCAAGAGAGGGUGCAGCCACCAUGGGUGAGCCCCAGGGGUCCAUGCGGAUCCUAGUGACAGGGGGCUCUGGGCUGGUGGGCAGAGCCAUCCAGAAGGUGGUGGCAGAUGGGGCCAGGCUGCCGGGAGAGGACUGGGUGUUCGUCUCCUCCAAGGAUGCCGAUCUCACGGAUGCUGCACAGACCCGAGCCCUCUUUGAAAAGGUCCGGCCCACGCACGUCAUCCACCUUGCUGCAAUGGUGGGAGGCCUGUUCCGGAAUAUCAAGUACAACUUGGACUUCUGGAGGAAAAACGUUCACAUCAACGACAACGUCCUGCAUUCGGCCUUUGAGGUGGGAGCCAAAAAGGUGGUCUCCUGCCUGUCUACCUGCAUCUUUCCUGACAAGACCACCUACCCCAUUGAUGAGACCAUGAUCCACAACGGGCCACCGCACAGUAGCAAUUUUGGCUACUCCUAUGCCAAGAGGAUGAUCGACGUGCAGAACAGGGCCUACUUCCAGCAGCACGGCUGCACCUUCACCGCCGUCAUCCCCACCAACGUCUUCGGGCCCCACGACAACUUCAACAUCGAGGACGGCCACGUGCUGCCCGGCCUCAUCCACAAGGUGCACCUGGCCAAGCGCGGCGGUUCGGCCCUGACGGUGUGGGGCACGGGGAAGCCUCGGAGGCAGUUCAUCUACUCACUGGACCUGGCCCGGCUCUUUCUCUGGGUCCUGCGGGAGUACAACGAGGUGGAGCCCAUCAUCCUCUCAGUGGGCGAGGAGGACGAGGUUUCCAUCCGGGAGGCAGCCGAGGCCGUGGUGGAGGCCAUGGACUUCCACGGGGAGAUCACCUUUGAUACGACCAAGUCAGACGGGCAGUUUAAGAAGACGGCCAGCAACCGCAAACUCCGGGCCUACCUUCCGGAGUUCCGGUUCACGCCCUUCAAGCAGGGUGGCAGCUUGGGUGGUGGGGCCCAGCCUGCCCUUGUCCCGUGGACAGUGACAGGAGUGACUCGGGGGCCCCGCUGGGCCUGGUGGGCAGGCGGUGAGUGGGUAGACCUCCCGUUCCCAGUGGGAGCUGGGCGGAGUCCAGACAGGUCGAGUGACAGCUUCCCUCCCCCAGCCACUGGCGCUGGGGUGCAGACCCCCAGCAGCACCCAGCUCCGAAGCCCCCUUCCAGACUGCCUCGCCUGGGACCCAGGCAUCUCCCCUGGCCUGAGGCCUGGCUCUUCUCAGGGCCGCGGUCACCCAGUGCCUCCUGCUGCCUUCACGCUGAUGACGCCCAGCUCUCUCCCGACCCACAUGUGGCUGCCACCGCCUCCCUCCCAGAGCCCAGCCAACGGCUCCUCCGGCUGUACCUGUCACCACGCCCCCUCUAGGGCAAGCCCAGGGGUUCAUGCUGCCGGCUGCCUGGGGGCUGGCCCCAGGGCCACUCGAGGUAGUGCCUCCCAGCCUUCUAGGCCUUGGCCGUGGUGGCCCUUGCCCUCUGAACCGUGCCACGGAGGGCCACAGUGCCGCCCGUCUGCCUGUGUGGAAGCCCCUGGGGGCCCCCUCUCUCCCCACACCUUGGAGCUUCAGGACCUGGGUCUGCCCUUUAGCGUAACCCCUGGCAGCCAGCCCUUGGGAAUGAGAGCCGUCUGUGUGGGGGCGCAGGGGCAGGGUGGAGGGCACAGCACCUGAGUCGGAGCUCGGACUGGCCAGGUGAGAACAGUGGGAAGGGGCCGGCACAGGGUGGAGAGGCCUGUGGGACACGUCUGGCAGGGCACACCAUCGUCUGUCCUGAGUCCCCUGGCUGUCCUGUGUGUGUUUACCGAAGAGGGACUAUCUCCCCUGAUGGAGCACAGAUCCUCAGGUCCGGAGUGCUGCUGUGCAGCUGUCACCUCAGCUGCUGUGUGACCCUUGUCCCCGCCCAGAGCAGAGCCCCACGCUACGGGGGAAGGGGGGCAGUGUUGAUUCUGUCGUUGAAGAGCUUAGAAAACCAAAGUGGAGUUUAAAAAAGAGUAAGCUAUCCUUAAAAUGUGAUUUUAGCCUGGGUGAACAG